AUGACCAAGACUGAUAUCGACGCCAAGGUCCCCUUGCUCGCGGAGCCCCCGUCAUCCCAACGGGCGAGUCUUCCAACUCCACUCUCCCCGCUUACACGGUUGAUCUGGUACCAGCAGUAUCGCCCAGAAGAAGGCGAUGAGACGUACCUGGACUCCAGGCUGGACGGGGACGCCGAGUACCUACAGCGAUGGAUGGAACACCUAGCCGAGUUCCCACCGCGGCCGUUUAUCCACAUCCGGGGCGAGCACAGGGAGACGGAACGGCAAAAGGAUAAGAACGAAACCAAAACGGUUGUGGAUUUCGACGUGAAGCUAGAGCUCACGGCGUUCCUCUACCGCGAUGUUAAGACGCGCAGCGCAUGGCGUACGGUACGGACGGUGGACAAUGCCGAAAACGUGCGGAGAGGCACGUCUCUGCGGAAGAGAGCCAAGGGCUGCAGGCGCGGGUGCAGGGCUCGGAGGAACCGGCGGGAGGCGCCGGGGCCCAUCCACUUGGGCGACGACGAGGAAGUUGGAGACCAGAAGCCCACGCUGAUGGAGUGGUGCCACCGGUACUGCGCGAGCCACGCACCGCUCAAGACAUUUCGGUUGAAGCGCACCGUGCAGGGGCUCGACGAGAGGUGGCUCCGGGGCCGAAUCGACUCGCUGAUCCGUGACACGGGCUACCGCGGAAGGGUCAACGAGCUGCGCCUUACGCGCUGGGUGAGGUGGGUGUUCUACCUGACCCUACUCUUCCUGCUAUCGUGGCCGUACCUCUUCUUCAGCACCAAGAGGUUCGAGGUCUUUGUCGCGGACUGGUACUUUUCGCGGCCUCUUUCCCCGGGUGGAGAGGACGAGAGUGAAACCGGCGCCGGUAGCGGUAGUGGAAGUGGCCGUGCCAGCGGCGGCGGUCACCGUCCCGAGGGGCUGAUGAACAUCUGGGCGCGGGCGAUUCAAAAGGCGGUCAUGUCGCGGCGGCAGGGCGAACUCGAUCAGAGGGAUCUGGGGUGGGAAGAGAUGAAUACGGCGUUUGACAGGGACGGGGACCAGGGCGUGGUUGGGACCGUCGUCGGCGCCAUGGGGUUAGUGCAGAGGCAGUUUGGCUGGGGCGGUGAUACUUGA